AUGCCUAGCAAGACGAAUGGCGAACCAAAUGGAACGACUGAACGUUCAUUUAUUAAUUUCGAUCGGGAAGAUCCGGAAUAUAUCAAGGAAUUGCAAAGGCCAGCAGCCAUCAAGGAAGAUUUAUCCGAAAUGGAAAGGCGAAAACGGGUACAAGAAGUGUUGGAAUCGAAAAGUUUCUGCAGAGAGUUGGAGGAACUAAUCAAGCAGGAGAGUGAAAACCAUAAAAGUGAUCCGGAUCAUUUGAAAACUUUGCAGCGGCUUUCUGAAUUUACCCUUCCGCAGGGCCAAAUUGCGGCGUCCAGUCUUCAUAACAUUGGUGGAGCUGUAUUACCCAUUGCCGAUCUCAAAGGAAGUGGUAGUUACACGCUGACUGAAAAAUUGUUCAGGAAUAAAUUAGCUUCACUAUAUCGUCUAGUGGAUCUUUUCCAGUGGUCACAGGGAAUUUAUAACCAUAUCACGCUGAAGUUGCCAGAUUCAGACGAACUAUUAAUUAAUCCAUUCGGAUUGUUGUAUCAUGAAAUUACGGCCAGUUCGCUGAUAAAAAUCAAUAUUAAUGGUGAAAUCAUUGAUCGUGGUUCCACCAAACUAGGAAUCAAUCAGGCAGGUUAUGUUUUGCAUGCAGCAAUUCACAAAGCACGUCCCGACGUGAGAUGCGUCUUGCACAUGCAUACUGCUGUUGUUUCUGCGAUUUCAUCGAUGAAAUGCGGUCUUCUGCCACUCUCCCAGGAAGCAAUGAUCAUUGGUCCUGUAGGCUAUCAUGACUACCAGGGUAUAAUAGAUGAUGAGUCCGAAAUGGAAUCAAUCGUCAAAGAUCUCGGCGAUAAAAAUGUGAUGUUAUUGCGGAAUCACGGAUUUGUAGCAUGUGGUGAAUCUGUUGAGGAUGCUCUCCAUCUUGCUUUCAAUACGGUCAUCGCUUGUGAAACUCAGGAUCAUUUGUUAGCAAAAUUCAUGUCCUUGAUCGUAAGAUUUUCAACCAUCGAGUUGUAUAGAUUUCGCAGUGAUGCACUUCAGGUUUUCAUACUACGUACAAAUGGAUACUUGGUGUGUUGUGAAACGGUGGAAGAAGCAAUAUAUGUGAUAAGAAACUUGGUUGCAGCUUGCGAUCAUCAGAUCAGAGCUGCAAGGGCUGGUAUCGAAAAUCUCGUAAUACCUGAUGGAAAAGCCAUUGAAAGAGUGUAUAUGACAGCACGGAAAAGCGGUGGUGGUGGUGUCAUUGGUGCAAAAGAUGCGGAAGGGAAGCAAAUUAACUGGAGGAUUGGUGAGUUGGAAUGGGAAGCAUGGAUGCGUGUACUUGACAACGCGGGCUAUCGAACGGGUCAUAUUUAUCGACAACCACUUUUGCGUGCGAGGACACUUCCUUCAUCGACAAAUAAUCAAAACGAUGUUGCUGUUCCACCUAGCGCUUCGUCAAUUGGCACCGUGGAUGAAUCUGACUAUGAAUCGAUGACAGCGCAUAAGAUGGCUCUGUUGCGUAAGGAACAGGAACGGUCUCGAUGGUUGAAUUCCCCGAAUGCAUAUCAGAAAAUCGAAAUUUUGGAAACAGGGACCAAUAAUCCGAAGCGGAUUACUAAGUGGGUACAAGAUGUCAGUUCACCGUCUCAAAGCGGAACACCAGUGAAGAUCUCUUCACCACAUCAGUUCAGUCCUUUCUCUGCAAAUCCAAAGGAAUUCAAAGAAAAGCAGAAAGCAAUCAAAGAAAAUCGUCGGUUGGGAACAACUUCAGCAGGCCCACAAUCCCAAAUUUUGGAUGGAGUUACAUAUGAAGAGAUUGCACAAAUACGGGCGGAUGCAGAAAUCAGUGAUAUGGGUCAGGCGGAUCGUGUGGUUAUGAUCGGUACUGCCAGCAAAGGUAUAAUUGAUCGGCAGCACCAGCACAAUGCACAGGUUUACCGACAGCUGUAUGCGCCGAAUCCGUUCGCUAGUGAAACAGACGAAGAUAUUCAGAAGUAUAUGAAGGAAGUUGAAGCAAAAACUCCAAGACCAAGCUCUGUUGCCGAUAGUACUGAACAUACGACAUCCAGCCCACCGUUAUAUGAAAACGAUAGUCCAUCUGUCGAAACGAUAUCCUUGAUGCAAGCAGCUCGAGAACACCGCACACGUCCUACAUUUAGUGGCAUGGGUUCUGCUUCGAUUGAUGAGGAGGGAGCUGCUACAGAAGUAUCUGUUGGUAUUCAUUCGUCUCCUGUUACACAGGCUUCUGCUGGCCGAGUUGGUCGUCUCACAUUGGAAACCACUUUCGAUGAGUCUGAUUCACCACAGAGUCGUUUUGUACGCAGUUCGCCCUUUGUAUCUUCAACUCUACCUUAUCGUCAGUGCUUGUUUGUCGCUUCUUUCCAGCAUUUUUUUGUGGUUUUUAAAAGUGUAGAUAAGGUAAUAUCAGCAUUAUUAGAAGAAGUGCAAGGUAACUAUGAUGUUUUGUACUUUUUCGUUUUGGACGCAAGUGCUUUGGAUUUAGCGUAA